AUGCUCGUUCCAACUCUUCUCGCCCUGUCCCUCCCCCUUCUCACCACCGCCCUACCAGCUCCCACUACCCUCUCCUCCGACGACACGCCCCUCCCCCUGAUCAUAUGGCACGGCCUGGGCGACAACUACGCCGCCGAUGGCCUAAAGGAGGUUGGCGAGCUCGCUGAACAGAUCCACCCCGGAACCUUCGUCUACAACAUCCGCCUCAAUGAAGAUCCCUCCUCCGACCGCACCGCCACCUUCAUCGGCAACCUGACCCUCCAAAUCGCCCAAGUCUGCGCCGACCUCGCCGCACACCCUAUCCUCUCUACCGCGCCGGCGGUUGACGCCCUCGGCUUCUCCCAAGGCGGCCAGUUCCUGCGCGCCUAUGUUGAGCGCUGCAACAACCCGCCGGUGCGCAGCCUCGUGACCUUCGGCGCGCAGCACAACGGCAUCGCAGAUUUCCAGGCAUGUGGCGCGACGGACUGGCUAUGCAAGGGCGCGAUGGGGCUGCUGCGGACGAACACGUGGACGGGGCUUGUGCAGAGCCGGGUCGUGCCUGCGCAGUAUUACCGCUCGGUUAAUGUCUCAACUGGGGAGCCGACGGAGGAGUAUCUGGCGCAUUCGAACUUUUUGGCGGAUGUGAAUAAUGAGCGGGAGGAGAGGAAUGAGACGUAUGCGGUGAAUUUGGCCAGCUUGGAGAAGUUUGUGAUGUAUGUGUUUGAGAAGGACGUUACGGUGAUUCCGAAGGAGAGUGGGUGGUUCGCGGAGGUUAACAAGACGAGUAAGGAGGUGACGCCGUUGAGGAAUAGGACAAUGUAUAUGGAGGAUUGGCUGGGGCUGAAGAGGUUGGAUGAGAAGAAGGGCUUGAUUUUUGAGGACGCGCCGGGUGCGCAUAUGGAGCUGAGUGAUAAGAUACUAGCGAAAGCGUUCAAGGAAUAUUUCGGACCGUUGGAGAAGGAGAAAGCGGCUACUGUGAAGGAUGCCAUGGGUUCUUGGGAAUUGUAA